CAUUGUGAUUUGUGUGUUUGUGCCUACUAUACUGCUGCAUGACAGUAUCCAGUGUAGUGGAAAUCUAUUAUUAAAAUCGCAUAUCAGCUUAAGUUAAGUUAGCCAAUACCAUUGUGCCAAAAAGAGUUUUAUUAGUCUAAAAACGAAUACUAAUUAACAGCAUCAUGUCAGUACCUGCGGGAUCUACCCAAGAUUCCUUAAAACUUGUGUCAAAACAAGACUAUGUUACUUCUAUGGAAACGUGUGAAUUUACAUAUGAAUGGACAAUUAAAAACUUCAAUCCGUUGUCUCGAGAAAAAACUAUAUCACCAAGUUUUUCAUCUCAUCAUUCUGAUUUUAACGAUAAAUGGAUUUUGGAAAUAAAACCAAACGGCAAAUCGCUUUUUGACAAUACACUUGUAUUGGUUGAUCUGCAGCUUCAAUCAUUCAAUAAUACUUCACAAUUACAAACAAAAUGUAAAAUAUCAAUUAAUAAUGAAAAUGGAUUAAUUAAAGAAUAUAAUUUUAGUAAAUUUCCAGAAAAAAUUACAUGGGAUAUUCCCAGAUCAACUUUCUUAAGUGCACUUCACAUUUCAUUUGGUGGACAAAAUACACAUAAAAUUUUUUGCACAAUAAUAAUGUCAAAAAAACAAAUAGAUAAAUUUAAUGAAAUUUUAACAGUUAAUACAACACCAAAACUGAGUGAAGACUGGAAAAAACUUUUGUUAAGUGAAAAAUCAGCUGAUGUUACAUUCCAAGUAGGUCAAAAAUCAUUUCGUGCAAUCAAAGGAAUUCUUGCAAUACGUAGUCCUGUUUUUGCUGCAAUGUUUGAUCAUGAAGAAUUCAAAGAAAAUAAAAAAAAUGAAGUUGUCAUUGAUGAUAUUGAUGAAGAUGUUUUUGAAGAAUUUUUACAUUAUAUUUAUACUGAUGAAUCACCAAAUGUUGACAAAAUGACAAUGGAACUACUUGCUGUUGCUGACAAAUAUCAGGUUGAUUCUCUUAAAAAUAUUUGUGAAGGAAUAAUAUGCCGAAAGAUAGAUUUUGAGAAUGUUGCAAGUAAAUUUGUUUUUUCUGAUAAAUAUAAUCUUAAAAAAUUAAAUAAAAAAUCUUUAGAAUUUAUGAAACCAAAUUUGCGAGCUGUUUUGUUAAAUAAAACGUUUCAAGCUCACCAAAAAAAAUAUCCUCAAGUUUUUGUAAGUGUUCUUCAGGAGUUGCUGUUGUCAGCAAAUUCAGUUAAUUACAUUUAA